AUUAUUUUCAACCCAUCAGCGCCGGUCUAUUUUUAUUUUUAUUUUUAUUUUUUCAAGCUUCGCUCAAAAAAAAAAAAGUUCCUUUCUUUAACAACUAUGAGCUCUUAAGAUCCGAUCAGAUCCGGUCAUGUCCCUCCCUCUCUACCUCUAAAACUUUCAAUUUCUCUCGGUAUAUUUGUUUAUUUGUAUGUAUCGAUCGAUUGUUCUUUCAAUUGAUGAAAAAGAUUGAAGUUUCAAGCCGAUUUUUCCCCCUUAGGGUUCCUCAAAGGCCGGAGCUUUUCUUUUGUUUUCUUUAAAAUUUAGGGUUAUUUUUUUCGUGUUCUUGGGGGGGAUGGAAUGUGGAGGAUCGUGAGCUAGGUUUUCAUAUAUAUUUUUUUUCUUGUUGUUUUGGUGAGGGGUUUGGUUUUUGACCUCCGGGUGUAUGAGGAUUUGGUGCUGCCUAUGGUUUAUCGACGACGAAGAGGAAGGUAAUCGACCGGGAGGAAACAUGAAGGAAGGUUUUUUAGCAAAUGUCGACGGUUUUGAGGGGAAUAUCGUGAAUGGCGACGACGACGACGAGCGCGAGGAACGAGAAGAAGGGGAAGAGGAAGAAGCCCCUGUCUCCGCCGCGGCGGCGGCUCAAUUUUCCUUAACCCUAAACAUGCGAAGACAAGGGGAAGAAAGGUCGUUGUUGUUUGAAGAAAUGGUCUCCACCAUGAGAUGCGAUGGGAGCUGGGACGAUGCUACGUGGCGCCCUUUGAACUGGUGCUCGCGUGUUUCCGAAGGUGAGACUAGCGCCUCCGCUUCUACUGCCGUUGAAGAUUGUGACAACCACGAUUCGUACCAUAAGCGAGCCAAAGUGUACUCCGGUUUUCAUGAGAACACGUCUUGCCCUUCGACAGGCAGAGAUUAUAACAUUAGCCAAGGCUCUUCGAAUUCAUCUAAUAAUGGGUUAUUUGAUCAUAAUUUCAUUUUGAAUGAUGGGAGCGAUGGGCAUCCUUUUGAUGGAAAUGGUGGGAUAGAUGAGAAACAUGAGGGUGGUUUGAGGGCGGAAGAUUUCGAAAUACGAAUGGAUCUGACAGAUGAUUUAUUGCAUAUGGUGUUCUCAUUCUUGGACCAUUGUAAUCUUUGUCGUGCUGCCAUGGUUUGUAGGCAGUGGCGAGCAGCUAGUGCUCAUGAGGAUUUCUGGAGGUGUUUGAAUUUUGAAAACAGGAAUAUAUCUCUUGAACAAUUUGAGGACAUGUGUCAACGGUAUCCAAAUGCUACUGAAGUGAAUCUCAGUGGCACUCCUAAUAUGCACCUGCUUGUUAUGAGAGCUGUCUCAUCUUUACGAAAUAUCGAGGCUUUAACAUUGGGAAGAGGGCCACUAGGAGAUGUUUUUUUCCAUGCGUUGGUAGAGUGUAGUAUGUUACGGAGUUUGGAUGUGAAUGAUGCUAUUCUUGGCAAUGGUGUUCAAGAAAUACCUAUUAACCAUGAUCGAUUGUGUGAUCUGAAAGUAACAAAAUGCCGUGUGAUGCGAAUAUCUAUCAGGUGCCCACAACUAAAAAGUUUGUCUUUGAAACGUAGUAAUAUGGCACAGGUGGCCCUGAAUUGCCCUCUUUUAAAUCUGCUUGACAUAAGCGCAUGCCACAAACUUACAGAUGCAGCUAUUCGUUCGGCAGUGACUUCUUGCCCCCAGUUAGAAUCUUUAGACAUGUCAAAUUGUUCUUGUGUUAGUGAUGAAACAUUGCGUGAGAUAGCUCACAGUUGCGCUAAUCUCCAUGUAUUGAAUUCUUCCUAUUGUCCUAACAUAUCACUCGAGUCUGUAAGACUGCCAAUGUUAACAGUUCUUAAGCUUGACAACUGCGAGGGUAUCACAUCAGCCUCAAUGGCAGCAAUAGCUCAUAGUUAUAUGUUGGAGGAGUUGGAGCUUGAUAAUUGCCACAUGUUAACGUCAGUGUCACUGGAUCUUCCUCGUUUGCAGAAAAUUCGAUUGGUUCACUGUCGAAAAUUUGCUGACUUGAAUGUAAAAUGUUCCAUGCUAUCAUCUGUAAUGGUGUCCAAUUGCACUGCUCUCCAUCGCAUUAGCAUCAGUUCAAAUUCACUUCAAAAACUAGCAUUGCAGAAGCAGGAGAAUUUGACGAUGUUGGCACUGCAAUGUCAAUGUUUGCAAGAAGUUGACCUUACAGAUUGUGCAUCUUUGACAAAUUCCAUAUGUAAUGUAUUUAGUGAUGGGGGUGGUUGCCCUAUGCUAAAAUCAUUGGUUCUGGAUAACUGCGAGAGCUUGACAGAAGUGCAGUUGUCCAGUACAUCUUUAGUCAGUCUUUCUCUGGUUGGGUGUCGUGCUAUUACUACUCUAGAUCUUGCAUGUCCUUGUCUUGAGAAAAUCUGCUUAGAUGGGUGUGAUCAUCUCGGAAGUGCAUCAUUUUGUCCUGCUGCUCUUCGGUCACUUAAUCUUGGAAUCUGCCCCAAAUUGAACACGCUCAGAAUUGAUGCUCCAUGUAUGGUGUCUCUUGAGUUGAAAGGAUGUGGUGUAUUAUCUGAAGCAUCAAUAAAUUGUCCUCUAUUGACAUCUCUUGAUGCAUCCUUUUGCAGCCAACUCAAGGAUGAUUGCUUAUCUGCAACCACUGCUUCCUGCCCUCUUAUUGAGUCACUAAUAUUGAUGUCUUGCCCAUCUAUUGGUUCUGAUGGUCUUUUCUCUUUGCGCUGGCUUCCAAAUUUAACGACACUUGAUUUGUCUUACACCUUUUUGACGAAUUUGCAGCCAGUUUUUGAGUCUUGUUUGCAGCUCAAGGUGUUAAAAUUACAAGCAUGCAAGUAUCUGGCAGACUCAUCAUUGGAGCCCCUUUACAAGGAAGGUGCUUUACAAGAACUCCGGGAUUUGGACUUGUCAUAUGGUACCCUGUGCCAGUCUGCCAUAGAGGAGCUUCUUGCUUAUUGCACGCAUCUUACCCAUGUGAGCUUGAAUGGAUGCAUAAAUAUGCAUGACCUAAAUUGGGGUUCUACUGGUGGUGGAUUUGAAUCACUUAACGGAUCUAGCAUGUUUCCUUUUGAGAACGUGAAUGAGUCAAUUGAGCAACCAAAUCGUUUACUGCAGAACCUCAAUUGCGUAGGUUGUCCAAAUAUCAGGAAGGUGCUCAUCCCACCAGCUGCACGUUGUUUCCACUUAUCAUCCCUAAAUCUUUCUUUGUCAGUCAAUUUAAAGGAAGUUGACCUUGCUUGUUACAGUUUGUCCUUUCUUAACCUAAGCAAUUGUUGCUCUUUGGAAAUUUUGAAGCUUGGGUGUCCUAGACUGACCAGUCUGUUUCUUCAGUCUUGCAACAUAGAGGAAGAAACCGUUGAAACUGCUAUAUCACAGUGUAGCAUGCUGGAGACUUUGGAUGUUCGCUUUUGUCCAAAGAUUUGCUCGAUGAAUAUGGGGAGGUUACGUGCAGUUUGUCCGAGUUUGAAGCGUAUAUUUAGUAGCUUGUCAUCCGUAUGAUGAGAAUCUGAUAAAAAGAAUUUUUAUUUCACUUGGGAUGUGGAUAUUUGCCUCCAAUUAAUGGCAGCAACAGCUUGGUAUUUUUGUUAUGGUAGGGCUCUGUUUGUAUGUAAAUGGUCAGCAUCCUUUCCUCUGUUUGUUUUGAAUAUUUUAUAUAUAAAUAUAAAAAAAUAUACAUAUAGGUACUUGACCUACUUGCGUCCUUGGGUAACAGUGUAAUAAAUUAUUACCAAUAUUUCUAUAUUCACUAUAUUGGUUUUCCUUUU